UUAAAUACACAUGGGAGGAAAUUUUGAAAAUUAAAAAAAUGAUAUCAACAAAACUAAUUAAUCUGAAACUUUCCGUGUGUAUCAUACUACUUUGCAAAGCUUAGUCAACAAAUCAGAAUUCUUCGAUGGUGGGAAAUGCGAAAAGUGAAAAAAUGUAAUACGCUCCUAGGUCUUCAGGCUUCUCGCUGUUUCCUGUGUAAAAUGAAAAAUGUUACCAGGCUUGGUUUUGUAUCAAGAUGGCUGCCACCAGUUGUCAAUUGUCGAUCGGUCAACGAGUAGAAUAACUGUCAGUAAAUCUGAAAAACUUUUAAUCCUGAUCUAUAAUACGUUAUCGAUUACCCAGAACGAAAGAUAAAUAUGCAAGUAUUUUUUCAUGUAAAGGAAAGGAGGAAAGGUUAGGUUAGAUUGUACUAUUGUCACGUGCAGUACUUUGCCCCGUUUGACAGCUCAUCCUGUUAUCUCACGAUCCCUGUGAUUGUCGUUAAUCAAAUGGUGUUUGAACAAUGGAUACUGUGGGCGGUAUUCCGGUCGAGUGUCUAACGGGUGAAUUGGCAGGUGUUUGGUCAGGUUGGCGUAUACUGGGGGACCGUGAGAUAGUCAGAGAAGCAUCGGCAAAAGGGACGCACAUUAAUUUGGCCAUAAAAUGUCUUGCGACAAGGAGAAACUGCCCACUUACAGAGGCAGAAGCUUAUUUUUAUCGCGAGGUCGACGUUUGGGUAAAGGAGCUGCUUGACAAACAGCAAGUCUUCAGAGCCACCCACAUACUAAAAAAUGCGGGAAAAAAUCCCAAGGAAUAUAUCACCGUCAUUUGCAUCAAUAGCAGAGAUCAGAAACUGCGCGAUUACUUGGUACAACAUUUGAGGAAAAUAGACGGGCUCCAGGCAUCAGAAUUAAAAGCGUGGCAGCUUUUUAACAUCAUGAAUGACUAUAAGGCCAAAUAUUUCGUGGAAGAUGAUCCUAUAACCAAUAAGUCAAUUGAAGAGAUUAUCCAGAUGCCAGAAGAUUUGAAGAUAAUCAUAUGUACGGAUUUAUACUUUCAUACAUUCCAAGGAGAAUUGGUAGAGUAUUUGUCGAGCCAAAUUGUUUGGGAUUAUCUAUUAAUGAGGAAUAAAGUUGACCUGAUUUUAUUUUGGAUUGACAUCAACUAUGGAGUCCAUCAAUUGAAUCCUUCAUCUAAAGACAAAGAGCUGUAUGAAGCACUGAAGCAUUUGAAAAUUACUGACAACGUGAUAGACUCCACUCAGCAGUCAAGCGCUGCCAGUAUCACCAAAGAAGUAGUCCUAGAUUACUUGGGCAGGUAUGGAGUUUUCACAUCCAAUGAAGCUGUAAGUGUUAAACACGUGCUGACUAGAUUAUUAAACAAUAAAAUAGUUCCAGCAAAAUUCGAGAAGAUACUCAGUCAGCAUAGCUGUAAUAUACAAAACAGGAAUCUGCUGUCCAAGUUGAAUAUUGGACUCUAUUCAAAAUCUUAUUUGGAGGAGGACCAUAUGCUUGAUGUUGACAAAAAAAUACAGAGGUUUACCAUUGCCCUGGAACGUGUUGCAUCUAGCUCUGCGAGUAUUGAAGAGUUUGAGGGAUGCAUUUUGGCAACGAUUGAUUACAUUUCUGACGACGCAGUUAACUAUCUUGAGACAAAUCCUUUGGUUUUUUUGAGUCUGAUAUUUUUACUGUAUCGAAAGAAAACUGCACAGUUUGUUGAGAGUGACAGAGCUCCCCAUCGAAUUCUGGGUGAUACUGUUAUGAAUAACGAAGGUGUUCAGUUCGGUAGUACUCUCAUGGUUCCUAGAGACGUUGUGAACAGCAUUUUGCACCGCUUUCCACACUUUGAAAGAGCCAUUCUGGGGAAAACUGUUGCACGAGAUUCAAACAUGUACCAGCUUUUGAACGGUUUCAAGAACUUUAAUGCCUCGCGAAGCUUUCUGUGGCGCCAAAGAACUAACCAAAUGCCCACGUUUUAUAAUGAGUACCUGGUCAAAAGAUACGGACAUAAAGAGAAGCUGACUUAUAUUAAUUAUCUGAAACAAGGAAGACCGAACAUGGCUGUGCGACUUUUUGUCUAUGACCAAAAGAAAUUUCACCAUGACAUAUCUUCAAAAAUGAAAUGUCAGGCAUCAACCGAAGCUCACAUUCUUGCUCUGCGGAAUAUUACCUUACCAGAAAUUACCUCAGCUUGCGUUUCAUUCAUUGAAGCAAUCGGCGUCGAUUCGGAGACGCUACGGCUGCAUCUCACUGUUGCUAAACGCAUUCAGGAUCAACUGGAAAUUUCUGCUGGUGAACUAUUAGAGUCAGUUGUCUACAAGAAUGCAUCAGACUUGAAAACUUUAUCAUCACAUCUCGAACAUUGCUUCAAGCAGCAUCUAAAAGAAACUAUUGAAGAAAAUCCGUGUGAACUGAUUACUGCCAUCAAGGAUUGGGACUUAAACAUUAAGUUUGCUCAAACUCAUAAAACUUUGCUGCCAGAAUCAUUUCUUGAAUAUUUAGUCCAGCGAGAGUUAUGCUUCGAAUUUCUUCUUGUUGGACAGAUAUUUGAUUACCCCAUAGAUCAGAUGUUAAGACUCGUCAAAAAGUUAGCAAACCCUAGCAUCAAGGGUCACCUGCUGGCAUGUCUCGAUAACCCAAAUCUGUGCAGUGGAGACUCAAUCAAUUUUGUGGAUCGUCAGUUGAAAAGUCGUGAUUCAAGGCAAUUCUUGUACUCAAAAAUUGGUCUGAGAAAUUGCAGUUCUGGCAGCGGAAGUCCAACAGAGUCUGGAUCUCAUGCUCCUGGGAAUUCGAUGGAAAGCUUCAUGUGCUUGUCCCACGAUGAUCUGUGGAUGGCAAUUCUCAAGUGUCACUAUAGUCAAGAUCCACCUGGAUCAUUGGUGCAGACAGCACACUGCCAUGGAGCACCGUUUUUGGUUGUUCUGGCAACUUGUUACGAGCCAUCAGCGAUUCCAGCAUACUGGUGUUCCUGGCUUGUAAUAUCAACUAACGACCGCUCAAUCAUUACCGAUUACAAAGAUUGCCUGGAUCGCCAAAUUUGGCCUGCCGAUAGGGUGCUGAAGUUGUUGACACGGCUAGUUGCUUCUGGUUACACCAAAACUAUCACCAAAAGCUUACAAAUAUUCAUGCCGGAAAAUCCACUGCGUCUCUUCGCUGAGUUUUUGACGCAAUGCGUUAAUCUAGGGGACUUUGAAUCUGGUCAGGAAAAGCUGCAUAUGUUCAAAACUGCUUGCUCUGGUCUUGUGAGCAACAUGAACAUCAGUUGGAUGGACUCAGAUCCAUCCUACUUGAAGAAUUCAUACUGGAUAAUUCUUGCUAGUAUUAAAUGUGCAACGAUCGCUCUGGGUUAUAGUUUUUCCAGCACUGUUUCGCAGAUGGAGUUUAUCAAGGUGCUGUGCUCGUCUAACUUCAGUGCUGACCUGCCAGAUGCUCCAGACUUUGGACAGCUGUUCACGAUCAUGGAGAUUCUUAAGGAUACUGAAGUUAGCUUGAACUUUACAUACCUAUCUUCUUUCGACGAUCCGAACUUGCUUGAAAAGGAGAUACAAAGGUGCUUAGCUCAGUUAGCACAGAGUGACAAUUACAAAGUUGCUUUGAGACUUUGCAAUGCAUUGAAUAUUAAUUGUUCGGACGUAAUAAUAGCCGAAUGGCGGAAGGAAUUUGAAAAGACUCUCAUCGAGGAUGGACAGUUGGUAACAAAGUGCUGGAUCAAUUGUUCCAAGGACUUUGAAAAGUACCAUGUCAGUUAUGAAACAGCUGCUCAAUUUUAUGUCGAAUUUGCCGAGAAAGUUGUUUCGCACAAAGAACGAUUUGAGAUACUAAAGCUGGCACAUGAAAUUCUGCAAGGAACUUCUGUAAAUCCGAAUAUCAAACAUGGCGUAGAAAUGGCGAUGUGGAAGUCCUGCAUUCUGGCUGAUCCUGACACCAUCGAUUUCAACAACGCGCCAAUUUCACUGAAUAAGUUGAAAACUGAACUCAUGUCUGGCCUGUCGGAACUUCAAGUCUGUUGUGAACUGACAGAGCCUGGUGAAAAGCUAGCUGCGGAAAAAUUGCUCGAGCGAUUUCUUGAUACUGGACAUUUGGGUACAGCCCUAAGAAUAGCGAAGAUUUUUAACUAUAAACAUAGGGAUUUACAAAUUUUGAUGCUGUGUCUCAGCUUAGCCGAAGGAGAGGUCAGUCCCUAUGAGUUAACAGCACAGCAACGAUUGUUGCUAUCAACAAAACCGAAACUCAAGAACCAGUGGCAAGUUGCGUACAGCGGCAAAGGAUUUCCCAAAGUUUCAUCAAUGAGUUCACAGAGCCAAAAGCUUUCGGAAGACGAGACUGGCGAUAUAUCGAUGGAGGUUGCAUUAGAGGCGGCGAAUUCUACCCCAGAAAAGCUGGUCAAGAUAGACUGCAUAUUUCAGCUUGAAAGAUUCACUGAAAUUCUCUCCCAUGGUAUUGCUGCUGGAAGAAAAGUUCUGUUAUGCUACAGACUGGCGACUCAUCUCGGAAAAAGUUAUCAGAAUCUUUUAACUUUGACUGACCCAAUUGCAUUUCUUGAGGAAAUAGUCGCUGGUGAAUGUGAUUACAAGCUCGAAGUGAUUAAGGAUGUUGUGGCUGCUUAUAACAUCAACAAUCAUCAGUUAGCCGAGUUUUUAUCUGAAAAAAUUGAGAGCUCGAUUGUCAGACACAUUGAAGGAGGCCACAUCGACCAGCCGAUGACCAUGUGGGGAUACACUUUGGAUGGGAAUUUCCACGUAAUCACAGAAUUAUGCAGUGAGCCUUCCUUGCUCGGUUCAAAGCUGCUUCACACUACUACGAGGCUGCUGGGACGUUUUCAUGGAGAGAAUCGUGAUGCCAGUACCCUCAGAGUGAUCGUUGAGCUUCUCAUAAAGUCUCAUGACUGUUUUACCGCGGCCUGCAACAUGGAGGGAAUAGCAUCGAUCCUGAGGAAAUCUCAGCAGUUAGCUAACUCCCUUCAAAAUCUUAAGCAAUGGGGAUUGUUGGUACGGCUAUUGACAGGUGUUGGUCGCUUUACUGAGAUGAACUACAUCCUGCAGAUAAUAAAAGAAAAUGAGCAGUUUGAGUUCUUGUUGACUGGAAGAGGUCUUGAGAAAAUUCCGGGACUAAAAACGGCUCUUUUAGAUUUCUUGAAGCGAAAUUGCCCGGAUAACGAGGAUCUGUUUAAACUUGUUGCGCACCACUUUUGUCUCUACUCCGAAAUUGCCUCAAUAUGGGAGCAAGAAGCAAAGGAAGCGAUUAAGAAGGUCCUGAUAAAUGCAAGGAUCGAAUGUAGAAAUGAGGGAAAUCUCAACCCCGGAGAUAUUAGACUAAGAAAAAACGACAUAACGGAGAAACAGCUGCAUCUUGCAAUGAUCAAUUACACCCAUGCGACAGAAUACUAUUUGCAGGAUCAGCGUAAGUAUGAGAACCCGCUAUUCGACAUCAAACGGCGAUUAUAUUCAGGGUUUCAAACCCACCAACAGGACAGUAAGCUUUCGCUUGCGUACCAGUGUUGUCAUCUUGCUGAGUUGGUGGCACUCCAAAUAUCCUUUCUUAACUCUGUGCAUCAGAAUCAACAAGUUCUUUGUGUCCUGAAUUUGGGGAGCGCUGACAUUGACAGGAUGAUCUGUAACGAUUUAAAUUUUUCACAAGCUAACAUUCUUAUUCGCGCCUAUAAUCAUCCAGUCGACUGGGGAAGCGUACUGUAUGCUCAGUGCAUCACACGAACCAACGCAAAGUAUCUAAAAGACUUUAUGACAAUCAACGAGCUCACCACCGCCAUUGUCAAAGAUUCUGUUAAAAGGUAUCAGUUGGAGAAACAUAUAACCAAGGAAAUGGUAGAGAACAUGCAACAGCUGAUAUCAAGGUUGAAAGACGUGAAGUGCAAAUAUACUCUGGCUAGUCAGCUGGGAUUUAAAAAUGUGAUAGAAACUAUACUGGGAGAUGCCGCGGUCAGUGCUUAUCUGAAAGAUACAGUAUGGAGGAAGGGAUAUACGAGCACAGCCUUUGAGUAAAAUCGCUUUUCUUCCAGGCUUAUCCUAAAAUUUUAAACUUUGACUGAGUAUAAUCAUUUUAUAACAUAACAGACAAUAUUUAUCAUUUUGUUUUUACCAGUAUCUGAUCAGUUAGGCCACUUACCAUUAAAUAAUGUCAUAAGAAAAAUAAAAAGUUACUUGUUUCUCUAGCAUUUUAGUCGAUGACGAAGUAUAUAUGAACGAUAUUUAAGUGUAAGAUAAAGUUGAAUAAAGCAAGUUUUAUUA